UCCCGCCGGCGCCCGCCGCUCCCGGGGCUCGGCGCGGGCCUGGGGAAUCGGGAGCCCGCUGCCGGGGUCGCAGUAUGGGGCGUUUUCGCGGGGGUCUGCGGUGCAUCAAGUAUCUGCUGCUCGGCUUCAACCUGCUGUUCUGGCUGGCCGGAUCAGCCGUCAUUGCUUUUGGACUAUGGUUUCGAUUCGGAGGCACCAUAAAGGAUUUAUCGUCAGAGGACAAGUCCCCAGAGUAUUUCUAUGUAGGGCUCUAUGUGUUGGUUGGAGCUGGGGCCCUGAUGAUGGCCGUGGGGUUCUUCGGGUGCUGUGGAGCCAUGCGUGAGUCACAAUGUGUGCUCGGAUCAUUUUUUACCUGUCUGCUGGUGAUAUUUGCCGCCGAAGUAACGACUGGAGUAUUUGCUUUUAUAGGCAAGGACGUAGCUAUACGGCAUGUACAGACCAUGUAUGAGGAGGCAUACAGCGAUUACCUUAAAGACAGGGGAAGGGGAAAUGGUACUCUCGCUACCUUCCACUCAGCAUUUCAGUGCUGUGGGAAAGAAAGCUCCGAACAAGUCCAGCCCACCUGCCCAAAGGAGCUUCCAGACCACAAGAAUUGCAUUGACAACAUCGAAACCAUAAUCAGUGUUAAGCUCCAGCUCAUUGGAAUUGUUGGUAUUGGGAUUGCGGGUCUCACGAUCUUUGGCAUGAUAUUCAGCAUGGUGCUUUGCUGUGCAAUACGACACUCACGAGAUGUGAUCUGAAGAUACUUCAUCAUGAAAAUUGUCAUCCAGAGUCUUCGUGCUAAAUGUCCCAAGAGCUGUCUCAGCUCAUUUUUAAUAUUCAGGAUAGUAGAAGCUAAAAUAAUUGGAUGUUAACUGUAUAUUUGCACAUGUAUGUAUGUCUGACUCAUUACUGAUUUGCCCCUUGAAUGAAUGUCACAUGUGGUCUGUGUGUUUCUGGUAUAUGCAUUACAUAUACUGGUAUCUGUUUCCUGGGAAUCCCUAGUCUUGUAUGCAGGGAGAAUAACCUAUUGAAGUACCAGAAAAAAAAAAAAAGUGAUCAAGCUUUAAAAGAUUUAUAAAACCUGGCUAUUCAGGAAAUGUGAUAAUGGGUCCAUGUCUCAGAUUUCAGCCAUGAAAGUUAGAUACAUAAAGAGAAUGCAGGAUUUCUAGUUAAUGGAAGCAAUAAGCUAUGAGAAUUGAGGGGUCACAGAUCAAUGUCAAGAUUGACUGUGUGUGAGCUGAGUGUAAAGUUUUCUUAUAUAUUCAUUUUCUCCCCAGAAUAUAGUAAACCACAGUUUCAAAACUAAACACAUGUAUAAAAGUAAAUAGAGCAUGGGAAAGCAUCAUGCUUUCUUAGUAUUUAAAAAGCAGGAACCCUCUCUCUGGAAAGAAAAGUUACAUAGACAAACGUGUGCCCCAUAAAAGUGAGAAGGGAAAAAGUUGCUGUACGAAGGCAUGUAGCUGUUGCUGUAGCCCUCUUUCCUGACUCUGCUUUGAACAGCUGGAAGCCUCACCUUUCCAAAAGCUUUUAUCUCACACUCCUCAGAGCUUCUCCAGAUGGAGUGACAGACAGCAAGAGCUCUGCAGUGCUGGGGUGAGAGAACCCUCUCCGGCACAGCACCUUCAGAAUACCUCAGAACUUGAGUUUACAUAGCUUCCUACGUUUUUUGCAUUUUUCUAAUUUAUCCAUGUAGAGAAUUCUUUAUAGAUUAAGAGUACAAUUUUCAUCCUUUAAAAAUAAAUAAACCCCCAUAACUCAGAUAUUAUAUUAUUAGUACCACGGCCAAACCAAGAUAAACACCUCCAAGAUGUGUACACACAACAAAGGCAAGUUAGUGAAUCAACAAUACUUUUUAUACAUACAGCCACAGCACAUGUAUAUCCUUGCUCAGCAAAUCCCUGUGGAAAUAAAUGCUCAGGUUCUUUGGGGGCCUGAGUGGUUGAUUAAGUGGAAAAUCCAGCCACUCCUCAGCCUUUUGGCUGCAAGUACAAGUAGGAAAACCCACAGUCGGAUCUGAACUGGCAUGUUUGCCAUGAUUUAACAGCUCGUUAAAGGAUAUAACGGAUGAAUUUUUAGCAUUGUAUUUGGCCACACAAAAGUGAAGGUGUGAGGGAUUUUGGAAACCCUGAGAGGAGCGUCUGUGCCUGCUAGGAACAUACGACUUUGAGCAUGUGUUAAAGUGCAAUGCUUCAAGACACUUCCACAGUGUUUUGCUGAAAACACACACUGCUGGGAUGGUCUCACCCACAGAGCACCACCUACUUCUCUCUUUCAGCCAUUCUUGCUACUGCUACUACUUUUAGAGAAAAAAAAAAAAAAAACUGUGAGAGAGUUAACAGCUUCACUGUGUGCGACUACUUUACUGAAGCAAAAGAUUAUUUUUUAAAUAAUAUUAGAUAUUAGACCCCAGAAGUUGACAAAUGCAACCUUUUAAGCAAACAAAGAGGUCAAUCUUUCUUCUAUCUUUAGUUUAUAUGUCUGCCUGAAGACAGAAAACAGGCUGAAGUGUGUGCUCAGGUUACUCCAGCUUAGAAUUAUUUCCCGUUCAGAAGUGAGUGAACAACUUUAAAGUAAAUCAUAGUAACUAUAAGCAGAAGAAUAGAAAUAAUUUUUUACCAUGAAGAAAUAAGUCUAGAAUUCUGUGUCAUGUGUGAUUAGUGUACCUCUUUGUGGGUUAAACUUUCCAAAGAAUGUGCUGAGUAAAAUUAGAGAAUUCCAUCUCUGAGUAAAGAUGGAUAUAUAUCUUUAUGUGAAUAGAUAAAGCUAUAUCUAUAGAGAUAUAUAAUCCCUAUGUCUUGAAUCUAUACAUAUCUUAAAUACAUAUCUCUUGAGGAUUUAUACAUAUGUAAUUUUAAUACAUGUGUACCUGUAUGAAAUUAUGGAGAUAAAUGUUUGUAUGUAUACACAUGCACAUGUGUAUACAUUUUCAGUUAUUUCUGUAUACCUGAACUAAUUUGAGAUCAAACCCAAACAUUUUAAGUUAUUUCAAAUUAAAUUUUCUAUGUAUUUA